CUGCUGCCAUUAAUGCUGUACUUAUGGAGCUUUAUGUGAUGAGGUGAUCGCAAAGGCUGUGUUCUGUACUUAUAUUUAACUGCUGAAAAGCUGAAAAAUAUUCCCCAGUGAAAGAUGCUUUUGUGACAGAUUUCUGUACUUGAUCAACACUCCUCAACUUUUUUGUUAAACUUCUAAACAAGUUGUGGUUUUUUUUUAAUCGACAAUGGAAAAUCAUCAAGGUGUAAUACAAACCAGAACAAAUAAAUCCCUUAAAACACAAAGGAACUGUAAAUAAAUGCAAGAGAUGAAGGCAGCCCCUGUCAGUGCAGGGCACUGCAGCAAGCGGAGCUGCUGUGUGUGGGGAGGGACUGCGGGGCACCACUGAAGGAAGUGGCCACAUAUCUCCUCAGCAACUGCUUCUAUUUUUAUUGAGCUGGUGUCUUUGGCCGUAAUAAUAAAGCAGUACAUGUGAAAUCUGAGGAAAACAUCCCCACACCAGGUGAAAUCCAAAGAGAUCAGCAGCCCAUGGCAGGGGGUUGAAACUAGACGAUCAUUAUGGUCCUUUUCAACCCAGACCAUUCUAUGAUUCUGUUGUGACCCCAGAGCUUCUUCUGGAGCAGAAUCAUUGGGGCAAACCAGGCUGCUCAUACACAAAGCAAAGCUGGAAUGGGAAGUUUUAGAACCAGCACUCAUUGAUUCCUUUGCUAAACUACUCUGUUGGUCCUCAAACUAACAUACUGAUCCCUGCUGCUAAGCACACCAGCCUGUAUCACCAGGCAGUAAUGCAGGCGCUGAUCUUUCAGUGCUAAAAGAUUGAAGAGACAAAAGCAGAAUGAAAAUUUCAACUUCUUGUUAGGAUAAUGAGGCUGUCAGAUUUCACACAGCACAGCACAGCGACCCUCAGACAAGAAGAAAUGAAGCAGUUCCUGGUUCCACCUUUGAGGAGUCCUUGCUCUGCAACCAAAGGAGCUCACGCUGCCUCCAGAAAGCUUGCUAUUGUAACGGCAAAGCAAACGAGCUUAUCUACAACUGCUCCUCACACCCACUGGCUCUCCUCACAGGCUUUGUCCUUCAGAAAUUAACCACAAAUGCCAAGAAAGCAUCACACACAAAUCAACCGCCUGUUCCAGUUUUGGUCAGGAGAACCUGUUGGUGCUGCAGGCACCACGCAGUGCCCACAGGGCACCACUCCCCCCGCGCUGCAAAGGGCUGCAGGCAGACACAGCACCCCCAGGAGCACUGCCCACGGCAGGGAGAUCCCUGUGAGUGUGCUGUCAGUGAUGCUGAGCAGGACAGUGGCAGCAGGGCGGCUGCGCAGGGCUGGUGUGAGAUGCUCAUGGGAGGGAAUGGCGGGCAGCACCCAGAGCAGACAGGUCCAGGCCUUGGCACAUGAUCUGAAAAGAACCCCAAGGGCUUUCUGAGCUGGAGGUGGUCCAGGCCCAGCAUUUGGCUUCAUUUAUCCCACGCUCAGGAAGUAAAGAGCUUGUAAGGAAGACUGAAGACCAUGACAAAAUACCUCCACCAAUAACUGACUCUUACCUCCUCACUAGAAUAUUCCAAAUCUUGCUUUUUUUGGACCAAAAAGGGAGAAGCACAGCUACAAUGGACAGAGUUGGAUGCCUGCUCUCCCCAUGCUGAGCUCAGCGCUGGACAGACCCACUCUGCCCCACACCAGCCUGCAGAGGUCCCAGAAGCGAGGAAGGCACUGAGACCCUCUGAAAGCCACUGCCAUGCUCAGGAGAGCCCCUUUCUUUGAGCCAAGUCCGAGCAUACCCCACAGGCUGCUAUCUCUAUUAGUUGCUUACUACCUUUUGCUACAGGAGCACCACUGAAGUUUCUCUGCCACUCUGUGCCCAGCAUUGCACUGAGCACACGGCCAGGCUCUGCUCCAAGGGCCGCACACAGACCUUGCUGCAGAGCACACCUCCAUCAGGGCUCUUCUAUCAGCCCUCUCUCAAAACAUCAGAGAGAAGCUUGGCAUGUUGUUCCUCCCUGAUAAAUGCCAUUUAGCAGUUCAGAAAAGAGUUCUGGAGAAAAUGACCACCAUCAAUCUUCUCUGACCCAGAAGCUGCAUUGCAUGUCUAUCAAACAGCAGCAUUAAUUUCCAUAAAUAGCUGAAAAUGUUCACUUAAUACUGCAAAAUACACUCAAGACAACAAAAACCCACUCCAGUAUGAGCGAGUGCCUGUCAGAGAGAGCUGGAUGCCCGACCAGGUGAGAAAAAGCACAGGAAACUUUUACCAGGAACGCCAACAACGUGACGUGAGCAGCAGAGCCACAAGCCUCGAGCUGCGUGCAUACAGUGAUGGUCCAGGACAAACACAGCUGCUCCCACCACGGCUCUGCUCCGGAGCAAUGCUGAGGGCCUGCUGACAGAUUGCACAGGGCAGCACCGUGAUGACAGCUCUAACCGCCGUGCUUCCUGCCCAGCAGAUCGCCCUGCUGGAGGACAGGCCCUGUGCUAACGAUGGAAGGCUCUCGAGGCCCUUAGCACCUGCACUAAAAGCACCCAGCAGUUCAAUGCAGAAAGGAUCAAAGACAUUGUAAGAUGUUCAAUUCCAGCACAAACUCCUCGGGAAGCAGCUGCAGUAACAGCACAGUAAUAACAAAGACAGUCAUUCCCCUGAUCUACUGCCUGAUUUUCGUGGUAGGGCUGCUGCUGAAUGGCGUGGCAGCAUGGAUCUUCCUGUGCAUCUCCAGCGAGAAGAGUUUUAUCGUCUAUCUCAAAAACAUCGUUGUCGCAGAUCUCCUGAUGAGUUUGACGUUUCCUUUCAAAAUUCUCGCCGAUUCGGAAAUUGCACCUCCACAGCUCAACACAUUUGUGUGCAGGUACUCUGCUGUUGUUUUUUAUGCAAACAUGUAUAUCGGAAUAACGUUUUUUGGCCUCAUCGGUUUUGACAGGUACUACAAAAUCGUGAAGCCUUUAUUCACCUCCUUUGUCCACACGGCUCACUACAGUAAGGUUAUCUCUGUCAUCAUAUGGCUAUUGAUUAUGUUUAUAACGCUGCCAAAUAUGAUUUUAACUAACGAAAUCCCUAAAGCAAAUUAUUCCAGAACAUGCAUCGGUCUUAAAAGCGAACUUGGCAAACAGUGGCACAAGGUGUCCAGUUAUAUUUGUACAGGGAUUUUCUGGAUUGUUUUCCUCCUACUCAUCAUUUUUUACACUUCAAUCUCAAAAAAAAUAUACAGCUCCUACAAGAAAUUCAGACGGAACUCAGAGUUCACUAAGAGGAAAACCAGCCGUAAUAUAUUCACCAUCAUGUUCGUGUUUGUCCUCUGCUUUGUGCCGUACCACUUCUGCCGGAUCCCGUACACCCUGAGCCAGACCAGCUCACAGUUCGACUGCCGCUCGCAGAGAGCUCUGUUCCACGCCAAGGAGUUCACUCUGCUGUUAUCUGCUGCCAACGUCUGCCUCGACCCCAUUAUUUAUUUUUUCCUCUGCCAACCUUUUAGAGAAAGGCUGUAUCAAAAACUGCACCUCAAGCUGAAAACAUCAGGUGAGGCUGAAAUCACCAAAUCGAGGAGAUCAAACACGCUUCAGGAAAGCGUGAACAUUCUGUAAGUUCAGGUCUGCAGAAUAACGCAGGCUUGAAAGUUGCCCCAGAAUGCAAACACUGACACUGCAGAAAGAAACUGAACAGGUGAUGACCAGCAAUAAACCGAAAAAGGUUUCAAGCACAAAAUACCAAGCAAUGUUUCUCUCUAUAAAAAGUCUAUUGCAUGCUGUCAGUGUAUUUACUACGUGGUAUUUCAGCUGACUAUGACUGCACUGAGGUGCAUUGUGACCUACCUGGAUCUCAGAAAAGAGUAACUGGAACAAAACAUUCUGGAGUGCCAGGCCACAGUUCUGAAAGAAUUAUCCCAGCCUUGAAGUGCCCUCAUUCCUCAUGAAGCCAGGCAGGACACAUCUGAGGAGCAGCAGGGCAGCCCAAAGGGCCUGCGAACAACAGAUCAUCCCAGCUCAACCGGAGCAGACCCCCUGAGGAAACACGAUCAGCUCAGCUGGGCCUCCUGCCUCAGCCUCUGCCACGGAGAGCUCUCUGUGCAUUCACCAACUCAGACAGCAAAGCCGUUGAUGAAGUGCUCAAACACUUUAAUGACCUGCCAAAGAAAAGGCAGCUCUGUGCGUGUGUUGUAUAUGUAUAUACACAUAUAUAUACAUAUAAUGUGUAUUUAUAUAUAU